GUCUACGGGUCAGUGGUGCGGUUCUGAAUUAGACAUCAACAAGACAACAUCAUGGAAACCGACAGCAAGUACCUCCCUGAGCUGAUGGCUGAGAAAGACAGCCUGGACCCAUCAUUUACACAUGCAAUGACCCUCCUGGCUAAUGAAAUAGAGAAGCUAAAAAAGGGAGACGAUGGCAAAAAGGAUGAAGAAGAUACAUACCUAGACUUGUUCUCCCACAAAAACAUGAAGCUUAAGGAACGCAUUCUGAUACCUGUUAAGCUGUAUCCCAAGUUCAACUUCGUUGGGAAAAUCCUGGGACCACAGGGGCACACAAUCAAAAGGCUUCAAGAAGAAACAGGAGCCAAAAUCUCUGUACUUGGCAAAGGCUCUAUGAGAGACAAAGCAAAGGAAGAAGAGCUGCGAAAAGGAGCAGAUCCAAAAUACAGACACCUUAAUAUGGACCUUCAUGUAUUUAUUGAGGUUUUUGGCCCUCCCUGUGAGGCCUACACACGCAUGGCACAUGCAAUGGAGGAAGUAAAGAAAUUCCUAGUCCCGGACAUGACAUGUGAUAUGUUGGAUUCUGGAGAUAUUAUGCAGGUGUGCACGGCACGAUUUGGCGAGCACUUGUGCAGUGAAUGUGAGUUCAGUGUCAAAUGUGACCCCAAGAUAGAAGACCUGGGGCGAGGUGUUGAUAAUAGGUUCUCCAACUGUAAGAGAAAUGUCAGGUGUUGGAUGUCUUAUGAGGUGGAAUAA